AUGAACCGGUCAGCGCGUCAGGAGAGCCCCGCUUGGAGCCCCUGCAGGAGGCAGGAGCAGCGGGGCGGCCAGCCGCACAGCCUGGCUGCAGCGGAGCACCGACUAGUGACCGGGACCAGGGACAGCAGCGUCGGGUCGGGCCCCGUGCACAACAAAACAGCCCGCAGCAAGCGGCACCUGGAGGGGGUCCUGAAGAAAUACACAAACCCGCUUCAGGGCUGGCAGAGCAGAUAUUUUGUUCUGGACCCAGAGGUUGGUCAGCUCCAAUAUUAUCUAAAUGAGCAUAAUAAAAGCCAGCGACCUCCUAGAGGAUCUCUGCCUCUUCUUGGAGCAAUGGUGGUCUCCAACAAUGACUUUCCCUUCAUGUUUACUAUUCAAUCCACUACUGGGGAUUAUUACAAACUCAGAGCACUGGACGCCCAGGAGCAAGAGUUAUGGAUGACUCAGCUACAACUAUGUUCCAGACGCCACUCUGACAGCAGCGCCAAGGUGAUGAUCCAGGCUGAAGGGCAGCAGAAGAACCUGGUCAACUCUGAGUCUUUAACCCCCAGAGGUGGACCCCUGUCUUCUCUCGAUGAGGACCUUCUCCUUUUAAAGGCCACGUCUGCAGCCACUCUGAGCUGCCUGGGGGAGUGCCUCAGUAUUCUACAGCACAAUGUUGUCCAGGCCCUCAACCAGAACCAGAACCACAUCCCGAGUGCCAGCCUCAGCCACAGUUCAGCUGGUUUGAAUCAGGCUGCUCCCACAGAAAGAGUCAAGUCGUGGAGUCGUCGCCGCAGCUCCAGUGUCAACCAGGUGGAGCCUGGUGGCCUCAGGUCCAGCAGUCAAAGCCCGACUCCCAGCUUUAGUGAGAGCCAGAGUCCCAGAGACAGCAGCUUCAGUGCAAGAAAAGGAAGUGGCCAAAACCAGAGUCAGAAUCAGUGUCACGGCCAUGAUCACGCAGUUUCUCCUUCAGAUAUUCCCACUGAAAAGUCCAGAUCUCUUUCUGAGAAGCAGGGGAAAAAUGGCACACAAACACCGCUCUCCACGUCUGCCUUGCCUUCUGAGCAGGGACAGCAACAGGACAAAACCAGCACUCUAGAAACCCAGGACCCCAGCGAUGAGACCACAGACACAGAGGACCAGGAGGAGGAGGACCUGGGAGUUCUGGAUGACCAGCGAAGCAUCAUGCUUCACCUUCUGUCCCAGCUCAAACUUGGCAUGGACCUCACACGGGUGGUGCUCCCUACCUUCAUCCUGGAGAAGCGCUCCCUGCUCGAGAUGUACGCCAACUUUAUGUCUCAUCCCGACAUGUUCAUCUCCAUCACCUCCGGCUGCACACCAGAGGAGCGCAUUGUCCGAUUUGUGGAGUACUACCUGACUGCCUUCCAUGAGGGCCGGAAGGGUGCUGUGGCCAAGAAGCCCUACAACCCUAUCCUGGGUGAGAACUUUCACUGUUCCUGGUAUGUGCCUCGGGACCACGUCCGACCUCUCAGGACUACCAGCUGUACUGGUCCCCACUCAGCACCCACAGCCACUUCUACCAUUCCUGGGUCCCCACAGAGGGGGACGGAUGGUAGCAGCAGAAGACACUCAGACUGCUAUCGUGUUCGAUUUGUGGCAGAGCAGUUGUCCCACCACCCGCCUGUAUCAGGCUUCUACUGUGAGUGUAAGGAGAAAAAGAUGUGUGUCAACACUUAUGUCUGGACCAAGAGCAAGUUCAUGGGCAUGUCUGUUGGAGUCUCCAUGGUCGGGGAAGGUGUGCUGUAUUUGCUGGAGCAUGAUGAGGAGUAUGUGUUCACACUGCCCUGUGCAUAUGCCCGCUCCAUCCUGACAGUGCCAUGGGUGGAACUUGGGGGAAAGGUCACCAUCAACUGUGCCAAGAGUGGCUACUCUGCCACUGUCACUUUCCACACCAAACCCUUCUAUGGAGGAAAAGUACACAGAGUGACAGCAGAGGUGAAGCAGAACCAAACAGGAAACAUCGUGUGUAAGGCCCAGGGGGAGUGGAACGGGAUUCUGGAGUUCACCUACAGCAACGGGGAAAGCAAGGUGAUUGACACCUCCAAACAGCCAAUGAUCAAGAAGAGGAUCCAGCCUCUAGAGAAACAGGGCCAGUUUGAGUCACGGCGUCUUUGGCAGCAUGUAACGGCGUCGCUGAAGGCAGGAGACAUGGAUGCCGCCACAGAACACAAACACUACCUGGAGGAGCGGCAGCGCAGCGAGUGCAAGCAGAGAGCUGCAACCAAAACACCCUGGAAACCCAAAUAUUUUAUAAAAGAGGGUGAAGGCUGGGUGUACCACAACCCUCUGUGGAAAGCUCACUGACCAGGGCCAUGGGAGCAGCUGUCCACUCCCAUGAGACAAGCGGGGCGAUCAAGUCAGAGGGCUGGCCGACAGAGAUGAGAAGAGAGGGUGAGAGACAGACAGAGAGAGAGAAAGAGAGAGAGAGAGAACAGAGCAAGUGGUACCAAAGAUUACCAGAGGAAAAUGGACAAACUUCCAGUCGUGUCAAAUCAGAAACACGUUGGUUCAGCAGUGAGGUGAGGCUGAUUUUACGGGUACAGCCACUGAGAUUACAGUACUCAGACAGAAUGACAGAACGGGACAUUUCUUCUGACAAUAGAUGCAAACCUGUAAACAGCUACUGCCCCUCUCACAUUUAGUUGUUUGCACAAUGUACUAAACAACCAUGUUGGUGACAACAGUUUUGCACAAAUCACUGUACAAUAUAGUGUAAACUGCAUAUGUGUGAGAAAAGUGUGUGUGUUUUAUGUUUAGGGGUAUGUCUAUAAGAAUGGAUGAUAGAGUAACUAUUUAGCCACUUUGAAAAACAACCCUGUUUACGUGGCUCCAGAGAGAGCAGGGUAGAAUGUAGUCGACUAGUUUUAUUUGCAGCACACUGAACUUUAACUCUGUUAUGGAUCUAAUUUCAACUUCAUAUGAGAGAUAAUUUUUUAGGGGGAAAUGGUGUUUAAUCUCAAGUCAUGUCAAGUGUUGUACAUACCUCAUUAUAUUAAGGUUCACAAUCACGAUCAUAACAGUUCAUAAGCCCUCCAAUUAACCAUUAUGUUACAAUACACAAUGGCUGUAAAAAUAGUUAAUCUGUGGCCAGUUAUACCAACUGGAACAUUUUAAUAUGCUGCACUUUCAUCCUAAAGCUGUACAAAACCUUUCAGCUUCAAUGGGUCAGUUCACCCAUUUUACUGCUCUCUCACUUCCAUACAGCAGUAUAGGGGUUUCUUUCCAUGCAGGUAGUUUUUUUCCCAGGAUUCCAGAUAUCUGCCUCUGAAAUGUCUGCCUCCACCCAAGUACAACAGAGAUUUGGGCGAGAUGAGUCAAACAUGGGUAAAAUCAAGAUAUAUAAGAGCCAGCUCAUGUAAUGAGCCUUACAGUUUUACAAAAUUCACUUUGCUGCAUUAGCUGUAAUUUCAGCUGUCAGGUUUCCUAUUUACCCAGCCUGUUGACUUUGAAUACUGUGUCCGUGAUUCAUAUUUAAAUGUAACUUAUGGUGGCCCCCUGCAGGUCUCUGGCUCUUACUACUACAGAGCUGCUCUACCUCUGACAAGUUGUGUCCAACCAAAACUCCAUCAAUCAAAAAUAUUAGGCAUCCAAUAAUAAAGUAGCUUUCUUUAACCACAGCAUUUUCCAAGCACUUUUCCUCAAAAAACUCCAUCUCAUCAAACCGGGCACAAAUAAUGGUUGAUAUAUGGGAAUGUUGAGUGUCUGCCAUUUGUAACUGAUAAGCACCAAAGUGCACUUUGUAGAUGUGUUUGUAGUGAGGCCCUCAGAGUCAUCAGUGUGGCGUGAAACAGCCGAGCUGUCCACUGAGGCACAACGUCUGACUAGCCAGCAACUUUAGAGAUGUUCACUCAAGCUAGCUAAUAGGCAUAGUGUAGGAUUUAACAGAGCUUCCAGAGCUUCUGACUCAGACAACAUCAAUUACAGUGUCAGCCAGGCCACGCACACAUGAACCCAGCAAAAUGAAAAAAGGAGAAACUCCAUGCUGAGGGCAGGGUCUCUGCAGAUGCA